AGCUGGUAAUGUGAGAGACUAUCAGUAGAAAGAGAAUCAGAAAGGGGGAAGGAGGGUGAGAGAAUUCCUGAGGACUUGUACUGUGUGUCUGCUGCACUCAGACUCUGUGUGGGAAGAAAAAACACCAGUGUGGAGCUGACCAGAAGGAAUGACUCUACUUAAACACAUGCUACACACAGGGAAGGAGCCAAUGACAACCCACAGCUAUCUUUUCUGAAGACCAACAUGAGCUCAGAGUCGUCAACACCGGCAAAAGCACCUCUGUGCUGAGCAGCAUUUCAUGUGGGAUUGUCACUACAAUUGUCUCUAUCCUUCUGGUGACUUUAUGUUGUUCAUUCUUCUUGAAGCGAAUACGUAAGGGCUGCUGAAGGAGCACUGGAGCUGUUGCUCUUCUGACUGCUUAUGUGAUCUGAAGUUGUGUAGGGGACAGUCACUCUCAGUAGUGGGGACUUGAUCUUCAAGGAGCCACCUCCAGUAACUGUCAGGAGGAGCAAGGAUAAGGUAGCAGGAGUGCAACAGAAGGAAUUAUACUGUGUGACGUUACUUAAAUACUUGGACCUUACAGAGGAACCUUAAUGGACGACGGUCAGGAUCUGAAUGAGCAAACAGUUAAGAAAACGUGUACAGAAUCAGAUGUUCCAGAGCCUCAGAAUUCCAGGUCUAUGGAAAUGCAGGACUUAGCAAGUCCGCAUAAUCGUGUUGGUAGUGGAGAUGCUUCUGCCUCCAAACUGGAUAAGUCAAAUAUCAGCAAUAGCAACAUCACAACCAAUGGUACAGGAGGGGAGAAUAUGACUGUCCUAAAUACAGCUGACUGGCUGCUCAGUUGCAGCACACCCUCUUCUGCAACAAUGUCUCUUCUUGCAGUCAAAACAGAGCCAAUGAACAGCAAUGAAACCACCACCACAACUGGAGAUGGAUCGCUUGACACUUUUACUGGGUCAGUAAUAACAAGCAGUGGCUACAGUCCAAGAUCAGCACAUCAGUACUCGCCUCAGCUUUAUCCCUCUAAGCCCUAUCCACAUAUUCUCUCAACACCAGCCGCUCAGACUAUGUCAGCCUAUGCUGGCCAGACCCAGUACUCUGGAAUGCAACAACCUACAGUUUACACAGCAUACUCACAAACUGGACAGCCUUACAGUUUACCAACAUAUGAUCUAGGAGUGAUGCUUCCUGGUAUCAAGACAGAAGGUGGUCUUCCUCAAACACAGUCUCCAUUGCAAAGUGGUUGCCUAAGUUAUAGUCCCGGAUUUUCCACACCCCAGCCAGGCCAAACUCCAUACUCCUACCAAAUGCCAGGUUCAAGUUUCACCCCAUCAUCUAGUAUUUAUGCAAAUAACUCCGUAACCAAUUCAACAAACUUUAGUAAUCCUCAGCAGGAUUAUCCCUCUUACACAGCUUUCGGCCAAAACCAAUAUGCACAGUAUUACUCAGCAUCAACAUACUCAGCCUAUAUGACCCCAAAUAACACAGUGGAUGGCACCUCAUCAUCAUCAACGUAUCAGUUACAGGAUUCGCUUACUGGCCUGACUACCCAACCAGGUACAGAUCUUCAUUCAGGAGAUUUUGAUACAGUACAGAGUCCCUCAACACCUAUCAAAGAUCUUGAUGACAGGACGUGUAGAAGUGCUGGGUCAAAGUCUCGGGGAAGAGGGAGAAAAAAUAAUCCAUCACCUCCACCGGACAGCGAUUUGGAAAGAGUGUUCGUUUGGGACCUGGAUGAAACAAUAAUAAUUUUUCAUUCGCUGCUUACUGGAACAUUUGCACAAAAAUAUGGAAAGGAUUCACCAACAGCUGUGACUCUUGGACUGCGAAUGGAAGAAAUGAUUUUCAACCUCGCCGAUGCACACUUAUUUUUUAAUGAUUUGGAGGAAUGCGAUCAAGUCCAUGUCGAUGAUGUUUCAUCAGAUGAUAAUGGCCAAGACUUAAGUUCUUACAGUUUUGCCACUGAUGGCUUCCGAGCAGCAGCAAGCAGUACUACACUCUGCUUACCAACUGGUGUGAGGGGUGGCGUGGAUUGGAUGAGAAAGUUGGCGUUCCGAUAUAGACGAGUAAAAGAGCUGUACAAUACUUACAAGAACAAUGUAGGAGGACUUUUUGGCCCAGCUAAAAGAGAAGCCUGGCUUCAAUUGCGAGCAGAUCUUGAAGUCCUGACAGACUCCUGGCUCUCAAAUGCACUUAAAUCACUAUCACUCAUUAGCACAAGAAGUAAUAGUGUAAAUGUCUUGGUGACUACAACACAACUUAUUCCGGCACUUUCCAAGGUCUUGCUGUAUAGUUUAGGAGGAGUAUUUCCAAUUGAAAAUAUCUAUAGCGCAACUAAAAUAGGGAAAGAAAGUUGCUUUGAACGCAUAAUACAAAGGUUUGGCAGAAAAGUAGUAUAUGUUGUAAUUGGGGAUGGUGUAGAAGAAGAACAGGCAGCAAAAAAGAAUAACAUGCCUUUUUGGAGAAUAUCAAGUCAUUCAGAUCUUUUGGCUCUUCAUCAAGCACUGGAACUAGAAUAUUUGUAACUAUUUCAUCUUGGACAACCUUUUUUUUAAAAUGUACAUAAAUAUAUAUAUAAAUAUAUUUUAAGUACACACUGAAUUUUUAUGUGUGAUUUAAUGCCUCGGGCUUUUAACACACAUGGACUGUCUUAAACAAAGGAUAAUCAACAGUAAUGAUUGAAGACAAAGAUUUGCUAGAUGAAGAAUUGCUAGAUAAAGGAAAAUGAAGAAGCUGAGUGCUGCAAAGUUACACUUAGUAACCUUGAGCAGUUAUCAGUUGAAUGAAUCGGUCAAUGGAAGACCGUGGUGAAGAGCAGAUGUGCGGAACUCUUGAUGAAUAUAGACACAUGUUUUCCGACCGAAGAGGUGGUGUUCAACAUUCCUCAUAAUGGGAUCUCAUUCUCAGCACUGAGGUGUGAAUCAGGCAUAAACCUACCUACCCGGAAAAUCUGAAUAUAGAAUGCACUCCAACUAUAUAAUGACAAUCAUGUCUAGACCUGUAAUUUUGUGUAAAUUAUUGACAAAACAAAUAAUAAUUUACUGUGAUUUUAUUAGCAGCUGAUUUUGAAAGUGGAUGUAACAUUUCUAUUUUUCUUUUUUUUUUUUCUUUUUUUUUGGGGAAGGGCUGGUUGGGCAGUGGGUGGUGAGAUCUAAAAAAGAUUAACAUGCUGUCUCUUUUAUAGGUUUGGCAAUCAGAAUGUGGAUAAUGAUGUGUGUGCCUUAAAGACAAGACAGUGUUUGCGUGUUACAAUGUAAUUUUGGUUAAGAGAAAGGUAGUUAUAUGAAAUCUUCAUUUGGGAUGAUUUCUUCAUUCAUGACCAA